CCGGGACCCUGUGGGAAGCACCUGCUGCAGCCGCCGCCUCCUUCAUUUCUUUUGGGACACGACCGGGGCCAGAUUUCCGACAUCCUUAAAUAGGCCUCUUUGGAGCUCCUCCAGCGAGUUCAAUGGCGUCCUCUACUCCUGUGCCUGUAGGGUUUCACUAUGAAGCGAAGUAUGUUGUUCUCAGCUACUUGGGACUUCUCUCUCAGGAGAAACAAGAAGGCCCCUCAUCCCAAGGUGAUGUAACCCCACAGUCUCUGGACCCAGAAGUUUUAUUAAAAGUUAAAUCUGAGAUUGAAGAAGAACUCAAAUCCUUGGACAAAGACGUCUCUGAAGCCUUCACCAGCACAGGCUUUGACUGUCACACCUCACCAGUGUUUAGCCCAGCUAACCCCGAAAGCUCAAUAGAAGACUGCUUGGCCCAUCUUGGAGAAAGAGUGUCCCGGGAGCUGAAAGAGCCUUUGCAUAAAGCAUUGCAAGUGAUUCUCAGCCAGCCACUGACGUAUCAGGCCUACCGCGACUGCACAGCGGAGACUGCAGCUCAUACCGGCGGAUGGAAUAAGGUUUUGGUGCCUCUAGUUUUGCUACAACAAAUGCUUUUGGAAUUGACACGACGCGGUCAAGAGCCCCUGAGCACACUGCUGCAGUUUGGCGUGACCUAUCUGGAGGAUCAUGCAGCAGAGUUCAUCGUGCAGCAAGGUGGCUGGGGCACUGUCUUUAGUCUUGAGUCUGAGGAGGAAGAAUACCCGGGAAUCAUUGCAGAAGAUAGUAAUGACAUUUAUAUCCUGCCUAGUGACAACUCCGGACAGGUCAGUCCCCCGGAGUCCCCAACGGUGACCACAUCUUGGCAGUCUGAGAGCCUACCUGUCUCGCUGUCUGCUAGCCAGAGUUGGCACACAGAAAGCCUCCCAGUCUCUCUCGGGCCUGAGUCCUGGCAGCAGAUUGCCAUGGACCCGGAAGAAGUGAAGAGCUUGGACAGUAGCGGGGCUGGGGAGAAGAGCGAGAACAACUCCUCUAACUCUGACAUCGUGCACGUGGAGAAGGAGGAGGUGCCAGAGGAGGCGUUCCCGGAAGCUGCCGCUCCCUUGCUCCCACAGAUCACCACCAAGGAAGCCUCAGAAAUGAGAGUUGAGAAAGCCAGCCCCACUCCAUCUGUGUUUGUGGAGUUUGGUGAGGAGGAGCUGGAAGCAGCAGCGGCAGCAAGACCUGCUGCCUUGGAGGGGGCGGAGUCAGCCGUCCAGCUGAGUGCAGAGGGAGCUGGGGGCAGGAAAGAGAGCCACACUGGGGAGGCCAUUGCUGCCGGGGUAGCCAAGAGUGCCAUGCCCAUUGAGGGCAAGGCUGUACUGCUAUUUGGAGGGGCUGCUGCAGUGGCCAUCCUAGCUGUGGCAGUUGGAGUUGCAUUGGCUCUAAGGAAGAAGUAACAGCUUUUCAGAGGAGAAAGCAGACAAAAGGACCUGCGGCUUUAGUUGUAUUCACUGGAACAUAGACUGCCAACGGCUGGCUGGACACUGGCAGGACACUGGGGGAGCUGGCUUGACACAGAGUGUUCACACUGGCCUGGUUGUCAUCCUGAGGGCCUUGGUGCACACCAUAUUCGGCAGGGUAAGAGUGCAGUUCCCGUCUAGGACAGGCCUGAGCACCCUUACCUCUCAGUAAUUCUCUGUAGGAGGCUGCCCUGUGCGCGUAAUGAUCGGAAACAGCCCUGGCUUCCAUCUAGACGCCAGUGGCACCCCACUCUAGGAAGGACAGCCAAAAAUGUCUCCUACAUUGCCAAAUGUCCACUGUGGGCAAAGUCAUUCCCCGUUGAGGGCCACUGCUUUAAGGGAUAGGGUUCAAUUAAGAGAAUGUGGGGGAGGAAGCUGCAGCUGGGGACAGCCAGCUGUUCAUCCUGUUGCAAUUUCUCGUUUUUGCCGGUUUCCCAUUCUGCAGCGUGAGGUGCUCUUCCAUUGCAUCACCUCUCAGGUACUGCAGCACAGUGUGGCUCACCCUGCACCCUUCUACCCAGCAAACCCCCGAAGCCUCCCUGGCUCCAUCUUUCAAAGAUGCUGCUGCUAGGAACUGUUUAAAAGAUAAAUACCCAGGCCAGGUGUGGUGGCACCAUCUGUAAUCCCAGUAUAUAGGAAGCAGAGGCAAGGAGAUUUAGCACGAGUUCAAAGCUAGCCUGGUGUACAUACUGAGUUUGAGACCAGCCAGGACUACAUGCUGAAACCUUGUUCCAAGAGAUUAAUGUGUUAGAGCUGUGUAGACUUAAGGUGCCCUAGUCUGAUUGCCAGUGCAGGUUACAGGCUGUGGUCAUUGUUCUUAGAGGCAGGAAGGCAGUCUCCACAGCCUGUCCAGGUCUGCUGGUACGUGUGGCCAACCACCCCACGUGUCCAUGACACCUGAUGGCAUUUGCAUCAUCUAGGACCCUGGGUUAGUGUUUCCCAGUACCUGACCUUGGUCUUUGGAACACCAUCAGCUUCCCUGGGGGUCUCCUGCCAUGUAGGAAGCAGUGUCAUUGUUUGGCUACAGAAAGUUGGAGCAUAACUCUUAUUCAAUGUAAAUCAUUGAAAUAAAUGAUAAAAUUUUAUCAUUUACUAUUAGGUAUCACUUAGUGAAAAGUGGGACAGAAACUUGAAUUUAAGACCAAGACUGCUGCUCAGGUGCUGUUUGGUCUUCAGAGUUCAAGAGGAGACCUCUUGGCCUGAACUCUGGUCAGCCCAAUGCUAGGGUGACAGACCAAGAGGCCCUGUGCACUCACUCACCUGUACUUAGUGGGACUCAGCAGGGUCUUCUGUCAUUUGGCUGACCCCAUCCCUCAAGGAGGGGUGGAACCUGACCCUGUCAUGCCUGGGGGCCACAGUGCCACCUGCAAGGCUCACGUGCUUGGUAAGAAGUCUUCUCAGAUUUAACUUAGUCAUGUAACAUUACACUUCUUAGAUUCUGAAAUUUAUAAUAAAAAUAAUUUUAACUACUCUGAUCACCAAGAGAUGAUGUUUUAAAUAUGCUUGAUUUUUAAAAAUUAUUUUGUAAAGAAAACUAUCCCUUAAAAAGUACUUGAAAGAGCGGAUCAGGAAGAGAUUUGAGCAUGUUUGUGUCCUGUCGCUGUGUCGCACUGUGAUGCCUGUUGCUGUCCUGUGGGUGUAAGGGCUCUAGUGUGACCAGAGGUGGUGGGAGUAUGUCCUGGUUCUCACAGCUCAGAGACUGGUGGGUUGCCUUACCUUGAUUUUUUUUUUUUCAAAAGAGUUUUCUUCCAGCGUUAACCCUUUGGAACUUUGGGUUCUCACUGGUGUAGCCCAUUUAAGGGCUCACUGCCACAUUCAGGUGGGAGUGGCUAAGAAGUCUGUUAUAGGAUGGCUGUAUCUGCUCUCCACCAAGGCAGGGACAGGGAAGACGCGGUACUGUGCUAACUGCUUGUUGUUGUGUUUUACUACCCCAUGAACACUAACCUGGUUUGCCCAACUAUCUCUUUCUGGGUGAUGGUAAGUAGGUGACUUCCCAUUGGUUCUCUCUACACGGAAUCUCAUUCCCGGGAGAUAGGCAUGUUGUAUUUCACUGCCCUCUGCUUGGCAAUGGGACAGAGUAGCCACCACAAGUGUUGCUGUACUUCCUAGGUUUGCUGUUGCUCUAAAUGGAUAAAAAUAAAUAGGCAGUCUACCCAUGUAGCCUAGGCUGGUCUUGAAUUUGUAGUCCAGCCUCAGGACUGAGAUUAUAAGCAUGUGUCACCACACCUGGUCUUUCUGUCACAUUAAAAUUAGUUCUCAAGUCCUUCUGGGGACUGACAGGAGGCUGUUCUUGCCCCUGGACUAAAGAUUCAGCAUGCAUUCAGCCUGACUGGGGCGCACAGCAUCAGAAUCGAGUCACCGCAGCUCUGCUGUUGCUGGUGAACCAGAGUUUUACUAGUUCUGGAGAUUGUCGCCUGUGUGUGUACCUCAGCCCUGCCUAGAUUUCUUAACUGCUCCAUUCUGCGAAAUGAUUGGUGCUCACUUAGCCAAAAUCAGUGAGGUUUUCCUGACAGACACACCAGGACUAAAGAAUACCAACUUAAUCUUCUGUACUGACGUGGCAAAUCUGAGUCGCGUGCCUUAGCAGGAGGGCCUUGCCUGAUCAUCACUGCCUCUAGAAGGUGGUCUAGAUCAGCAGUUCUCAACCAGUGGGCCAAGACCCCUUGGGGAGGGGUGUUGUAUAUCAGCUGUCCUGCAUACCAGGGGUUUACAAUUCCUCUCAGUAGUAAAAUUAGUUAUGAAGUAGCAGCAGAAUAAUUUUAUGGUUGGAGGUUUCCUCACCACAAUACGCAGUGUCACUGCAGUGGGAAGGUUGAGAAACACUGCUCUAGAAAAACAUGCCUGUUUGGGUUCAUAUGUACCUCACCCAGAGCAUCCCCGGCCCCUCCUGCCUGUGUCCAGUCCCUUCAGGUAUCAUUUGUCCCAGGGAGAGUGAGGUUCUCUGAGCCUGGUUCUUGGAACCACAGCUGCCACUGCUUGUCUUGGCCUCUGUGCUAAGUUCCCCAGCCAGAGAACACAGUGUCUGCACUGCCUUUUGCUCUGAAGGGGAGAUGUGGGCAUUGAGCUUUUAAGAGCUACUUAUAGAAACUACGCUUUAUAGCUAAGAAAAAGUCCUUUCCUUACUCUUAUUUUAGAUCUUCAUGAGCUCUCUGCUCACUAGUAUGAUCAGCCUUGGUCGGUCUGUCUGUCUGUCUCUGUCUCACACACACACACAUGAUUUUAGCAGCAGGAUAGCACUAAGAACCUUCAUUUGUGAGAUGGCUAUGGCCUGCCAUGGUAGUAUACCUUCUGAGUGAGCUUUGUGGGGGUCGUUGCCCCUUUUGCUGAUAUUGAUUGAACACUUAAUACACACCAGAGGCUACGGGACUUUCACUCCGUCAGGUCCUGGGAGCUGCUCACUCUAGACUUCCCAUGUUAAUGAGUAGGAACUCACCCAGAACUCAUGGUUCAUGUGGCCUAGCUUAUCAGAGGCAAGGCAGCGGGUGAAAAUUCCUGACUCCAGGCCCAGUGCAGCGUCCCUUUAGCCACUGGGUGAGCGCCCCAGGAUCACCCUGUGGCGGUUCUUGAUGUUCAGUAGCCGUAUUUAAUGUGUGUUUCCAUAAACAAAGUCGGACUGUCAGACACAGCUGUCAUCCCAGGCAUGCAGUGUGACAGAUGAAGGCAGCCACUUGACACCUCUCUCCCCUUGGCAGUUUUUGAUCCCUCUGGUCCUUUCCCCUGUGGUGACCAUCAGUCCAGGGUGGGCAUAUUGAGGGAUGUGGGGACACCUAGAGGAUUUGGGGUUCUUGACACUCAGACUCAGGAAUGACCAACCAGUCUUGCAUUUUGCUCACCUGACAAGAGCACUUCCCAGUGAGAUCCUGCCACAGAACUGCUGCGUCCAUCAGAACCCACUCUGGUUCUACAGCCGCAGAGCUGGAAGCUGUUGUUAAAAGAUGAACACGCUGCCGUCUUCACACAGCCCCCCCACCGAGCCCCAGCUUGGCUCGCCCCACUUUGCCCUUCCCACGCUCAUGUUUACACGAGGCCCCAGCCCCUCAGCUGCUUCAGUGUCGCUCAGGGCAGAACUGUCUCAGGGACACUUUGCCGGGCCACAGCCCAAGUCGGAGCAGCCAGCUCUGGAUCCUCCCGUUUUCUCCUCUAAGAGGGUGUCAGACCUGCUUCUGGAUGUAUCCCUCCAGCAAACACUUUGACAUGAAAAGCUAUUCAUUUGUCUAUAUAUGUGUGUGGAUGCAUGUCACAGCUCUCUCCUUUCACCAUGGGGUCCCCACAUUUGGUGGAAGGCACCUUUACCCACGGCUAUCUUGCCAGGACCUCUUGCCAGGACCACGUUUUGUCAUUUUGAGAUGACAGGUUUGUGGAGGCCUUUCCCAGGACGGUGAGCUACACCUUCCCUUAGUGAGGUCUGGUACCGUGUACAUGGACCAUUUGUUGGCCAGCACAAAAGGAAAAGAAACAUUUUUCCCCCCUGAACCUGUAUUUUCCCUGCUCUUGUAAUCUUUCUUCCUUCAUAUUAAAAGUGCCUCUUUCUCCUAACCCCUUGAUGGAGCUCAGUUUGUUACUGACUCUAGUUCUUGGCGCCCCACCCCCCCACAAAGUACCAGAAUGGUAAUUAUUAACACAGCAGAGUCAGGCAGACAUAGCUGUUAUAUCUGUCCAGUGUGGAUGAAGUCCUGGGUUCCAUUCCAGCACCGCAUGAACUGGGCAUGGAAUGCAUACCUGUAAUCCCAGCACUCGGGAAGGAAGGAAGACAGUAUUCAAGGCCAUACGUGGCUAAAAGUUAAAGUUCAGCCUUUAAUACACGGGAUCCUAUCUUUUUAAAAAAAAUUAGUAUUGGGUUGUGGUGGUGCACGCCUUUAAUUCCAGUACUUGGGAGGCAGAGGCAGGUGGACCUUUGAGUUCAAAGCCAGCCUGGUCUACAGAAUUAGUUCAGGACAGACAGGGCUGUUAUAUAGAGGAACCCUGUCUCAGAAAACAACAACAAAAAAAACAAAAAUAAAUAAAGAUUAGGAUAAGCAUUUGAUUCAGGUAGCAUCAUUUCCAGUGUGCUUAUCAGCUCUGACUUGCUCGAUUCAUUACUGCGAAUUGUCUUGGCUCCUUUCCCAUGCUGUUGUCUACUUUGUGCCCAAGCUUCUUUCUCUAUCAGGAAGUGACAAAAUUCAAGUCUACAAACUGUGCUUCCAGACAGUAGCAACUUCUUGGGGGAAACUCCCUGGAGGCGACAAUAAAAUGAGCUUUUCUGA